UUUUUACAGAGAAGUACUUGCAGGAGCACCCUGAAGACCAGGAGAAGGUUGAGCUGCUGAAGCGACUGAUAGCAUUGCAGAUGCCUCUGCUGACGGAGGGGAUCCGCAUCCACGGGGAGAAGCUGACGGAACAGCUCAAGCCGCUGCAUGCCCGCUUGUCCACUUGCUUCCGGGAACUCAAGGAGAAAGUGGAAAAGCUCUAUGGGGUCAUAACACUGCCACCCACCUUGACUGAGAGGAAGCAAAGCCGUACGGGGUCUAUCAUGCUACCCUACAUCAUGUCUUCCACGCUGCGGAGGCUGUCUGUCACCUCGGUCACUUCGUCUGUGGCUUCCACCUCUUCCAACUCAUCCGAUAAUGCUCCCUCCAGACCAGGAUCAGAUGGGUCCAUCCUGGAGCCACUUUUGGAGCGCAGGGCCUCGUCAGGUGCCAGAGUUGAAGAUCUGCCCCUCAAAGAGGACAGUGAGAACCGGAUCAGCAAGUUCAAAAGAAAAGACUGGAGUCUGAGCAAGUCCCAGGUCAUUGCAGAGAAAGCUCCAGAACCUGAUCUGAUGAGCCCAACCAGAAGAGCACAGAGGCCGAAGAGUCUCCAGCUGGUGGACAACCGGCUAACGCCGUUCCAUGGUGCUCCACCUGCCCAGUCAACGCCCUUGAGCCCACCCCCACUUACUCCUAAAGCUGCCAGGACCCUAAGCUCCCCGUCUUUGCAGACAGAUGGACUGGUGACUGCUCAGAGCCCACCCCCACCUCCCCCGAAGAGCAAGCCCUACGAGAGCAGCCAGAGGAACUCCACCGAGGUGGCUCCCCCACUGCCUGUGCGAAGAGAAGCCAAAGCCCCACCCCCACCUCCUCCAAAAGUUCGGAAAUCUGGCAUCCUUUCUUCUGAGCCUGGAUCCCAGUAA